AAGCUCCCACUCCGUGCUCUGUGUUUCAGCUAGUUCUGCAGUCAUGGUGAGAGUGGUUGCUGUGGUGUUGCUGGUUCUCAGCGCUCUGGGAGCUGCUAUAGGAAUUAAACUGGAUGGAAAUGGAUACACUGACCUUCUUAUAGCCAUCAACCCAGCUGUACCUCAGAAUGAUGAGCUCAUCAAUCGAAUCAAGAUAAUGAUUACAGACGGAUCAGAAUAUCUGCACCAAGCUUUAGACAACAAGGUGUUUAUUAAGGAGGUGAAAAUACUAGUACCACCAAACUGGAAUGGAUCUUACGAGAAAGCAAGAAGAGAAACCUACGAUAAGGCCAAUAUAAUCAUUAGUCGCCCACACCCAGCUUUCAUUGAUGAGCCGUACACUAAACAGAUGAAAGGCUGUGGGGAAGAGGGGGAGUACGUUCACCUCACCCCAAACUUCCUCCUGGACGACAGCUUUCUCAAAAGUUAUGGGCCGAGAGGAGUGGUCUUUGUUCAUGAAUGGGCUCAUCUGAGAUGGGGGGUGUUUGAUGAGUACAAUAAGAAAGAGCCAUUCUACUGGUCCAAAAAUCAAGAGAUUGAACACACAAGAUGUAGUGGGAGGAUUGCUGGCAAGUUGGUUGAAGUGGUUAAUGGAAAUCCUCUGCUUUGCUACAAUGAUCCAAAAACUGGUUUACCCACUGAGGGAUGCCAGUUCCUUCCAGAUAAAUAUCAACAAACAAACGCUUCAAUCAUGUACAUUCAAAGCCUAGAUUCUGUGAACACGUUUUGUGGAGAUGAAGAACACAACACUGAAGCUCCGAACCGGCAGAACAUAGAAUGUAACUUCAGAUCUACCCGUUCUGUCAUUUAUAAACAUUCUGUGGACAGUGCCGCCCUUCAGACCUUAACCCCUGUACCGUCUCCAUCACCUCCAACAUUCAGAGUGGUCCAGAGGAGAAAUCGGGUCAUCUGCCUUAUUCUCGAUGUCUCUGGAAGCAUGGCCGGUGGUAGAAUACUUCGACAGGAGCAAGCAGCUGCACUGUUCCUCAGCAAUAUUGUGGAGGAGGGGGCUUAUGUGGGCAUUGUUCAGUUUAGUACUGAAGCACAAAUUAGAAGUCGUCUCACUAAAAUAGAGGGAAAAGACUCAAGAGACGCUUUAAUCAAAACCCUGCCAAAAGUUGCAGAUGGAUGGACAUAUAUGUGUAAAGGACUUCUGAAAAGCUUUGAGGUGCUUAAGGCAGAUGAUGGAGACACAAUAGGAGAUGAUGUGAUUUUUCUGACGGACGGUGAAGCAACAGAUGACAUUAAAAGUUGUUUUCAGGACGCAGUCAACAGUGGUGCAAUUAUCAAUACUUUAGCACUUGGUCCGAGUGCCGAUGUCAUUCUAAAAACCAUGGCAGAUCAAACAGAGGGAAAGUUUAUCGUAGCCAAUGAUGAUUUGCUCUCCAACCAGCUGGUGGAGGCCUUCUCCUCAUUUUCAUUUUCAGAUGGAGAUCCUAUUAAACAGACAGUGCAGCUCGAGAGCAUUGGAAAGAAUACUGCUGAUUGGUUUAAUGGGACAGUGCCUAUAGAUGGCACUGUAGGAAACAGCACCACCUUCACAGUCAUUUAUGAAAGAACUGCACCCACCGUGCACAUAGAGGCACCAAGUGGGCAGGUCUACAAUCAGACUCAUGUCAAUGACGACGCAGCUGCAAAGACCCUCACUUUAAAUAUUCCUGGAACUGCAGAGCCUGGAGACUGGAUAUACAGCUUCCUCAACCCAGGAACUACUGCUCAGAGUAUGACCUUAACCGUGACGAGUCGGGCAGUUCGUGAAGACGUCCUUCCAGUCCUCGUUACAGCCCAGAUGAACCAGCUGAGCAGCGAUGGUAGUAAACCCUUAGUGGUUACUGCUGAGGUCACACAGGGUUCUAGCUCUGUUAUUGGGGCCAAUGUUACUGCCACCCUGGAGUCAGAUACUGGGCAUUCAGUACAAUUAUACCUUCUGGAUAAUGGAGCAGCGGCCGAUAAAGACAAAGAUGAUGGCAUCUACUCUAGAUAUUUCACACAGCUUCGGGACGGAAGGUACAGUCUGAAAGUGAGGGUGACGGACCAUAUUGACACCAGACUGUCACUCAGCAGACACAGCGGUGCUCUGUAUGUCCCUGGAUAUAUUGUGGAUGGUAAAGUAGAAAUGAACCCCCCGAAGCCACCAGUAAACGUGGAGCCGGCGAAUGUGGGCAGCUUCAGCAGAAUAGCCACUGGAGAGAGCUUUGUGGUGAAGGUCGCAUCAGAUGUUACUCCCAACUUCCCUCCAAACAGAAUCCGAGACCUGAGUGCCGAAUUCCAGAACAACGCUGUGCUUCUCAAGUGGACGGCUCCAGGAGAAAUCUAUGAUGAGGGGACAGCCACAUCCUAUGAAAUUAGAUGGAGUGAAAGUCUGGAGGUGAUUCAGAAUUUCACAAAUGCUAAUCGGUUGAACACGUCUGAACUCCAGCCACAAGAAGCAGGUUCAGCCGAACAUCAACACUUCCUGCUGGAUAUCAAGAUCGAGAACGGCACCACCCUGUUCUUCGCUCUUCUGGCAGAGAACAACAACACGGCAAAGUCUGAAGUAUCUAACAUCGCUCGGGUCACAAGCUUCAUCCCCACUCCUCGACCUCCUGCAAUUUCAAACCCAGGCCUGAACCUGACCACCAUCGUGGUCUCGGUCUGCGCCGUAACCAUGGGGGCGUGUCUGAUAGCUUUCGUAACAACAUGCGUGAUGAAGCGAAGGAGAGUCGGUGAGGAGGUUUAGAGUCACAGGUAUCAGCAUUCAACAUUUUGCUGUUAGUAGAACAUUUUACGAAUGUUACAGUUAAUGUUCUUAGAAUGUUCAAUCUGUCAAACUUUCUGGAUGUUCUUUUUUUUAUCUGACACUUUUAAACGUUCUGGUACCAAUGCUGCAAUUUCACUUGUUUCAAUGUUUCAAUUUUUAGCUUUGGAAAUGUUACUUUUAAGGUUUCCAUGUUUAGUAUUUGUUUAGCUGGAGACAUAAUGUGAGAAACGUUCUAAUAAUGUUGUGAUUCAAAUCAUUUAUUAUGUCACAUGAUUGUUUUAAACAUUCCUGGAAGACUGUUUCUGCAAUGUUGUUUAAAAUAUUGCUAAACGUUCUUCUAAUGUUUUCUGUUAGCUGGAAACUAAAUAUUUCAAACAGAAAUGACUAACAAGCAUUAAUAUCUCAAUAUUUAAGAUAGACCUGAAUUCUCAUGGGAAGGUAGCCCUUGUGGGCAAAACUGCACUAAUGUUAGACGACUUAGACGACAAUACGACUUCAAAUAAAUCAUGGUUGCAAGUCAUUGUCUUGUAUAAAUAUUUUUUAUAUUUUUUAUAAUAGUAUGCUUAGUUUUUGACAUUUUUGGAUGCUUCUAUUAAAAUCAAGUUUGUAUUAUGAAUUACUUAGCCAUAUAGCCAAGAAUUAGGAGUUGUAAGUACAACCAUGUAAAUAAACAUGUAUAAUUAAUGAAUUAAAGUGAUUUAAGCAGAAACAAAUAUAAAUAAAUGUAAAGUUUGUAGCUCUGUAAAUGUAAAUGUUUGCAGCUCUUUAAUAAAA